AUGGCCCCGCUACCAAAGCUCUCCGAAGAGUGGUGGCUCAGAAAUGUGGAUUACACCGAGCGUCAAGUCAAAUACAAGUCAAGAUAUGAAAACCUUGCUCAAGCCUGCCGUGACUUCAGGACUCAGCUCGCUAGGUUGGAAGCAGAGGGCAAGUAUCGGACGCCUCGACCAGGUGCCAGGCUUUGGACUCCUUCAAGGGUCAAGCAACGACUGUGCUGGCGGUUGGCUUGGAAGCUUUUCACCGGAAAUAUGAUUAGCCUCAUAACCCUCCCCAACUUUGCGUUCAACAGCAACGUUGGCGAGCAUAUCAACCGUGCCAACGAUGCAGGCGAGACGGGCGAUUAUGACGAUGGUGCAGCCGAGAGAGCUGAGACUGGUGUUACAGACUGGCGUGCUUCUGGGUCCGAUCGUCUGCACCUUCCGAUGCGUGAGAAUCUAGCAAGGACCUCAUAUUCUCUAGAAGACGCAAACACGAAACGGAAAGCCUCAUCGGCCAUCGAAGUUGAGCCUAAACGAUCCCGCCUGGGGCAAACACUUGAAAACUAUGGAGUUAACAUGACUCUUAAUCAUGUGCGUCUUGCGUCAGCCGACUUGCAACUCAUGCUAAUCAAGACUCCUAGGAGCGCGGCCGUGGUAAAGAAGAGGGCCACGCCACGCUGGGUCGCAAUCAAGCUGAACCCAAUGAUCCGACCUCAGCCAAUACUACGGGACAUAUUCAGUAUCUCCAGAUACAUCUGGCUCAACUACAGGCAAUCGCUGAGCUGAAGGAGCUAGUGAAUGGGUUGGAUACGCCAUCUUAUAGUAGAUCAUGGGAUGUUGAGGGUUCCCACGAGAAGAUAAUGAAGAUCCUGGAAGUCUCUCAGAAAUACUCCGAUGAGACUAAUUCUGUAUUUUCC